GCUGUGGAUCAGACCGCAGUCAUGGAGAGCAUCUUCAGAGGACUGAGCGCCGCUGUCUUCCUCAACACCUGGACACAGCUGAGCCGAGGUGACGGACUCAUGGAGCGCAGGACACUGGAUCAGUUCUUACACUGCUUGAUGAACACAUUGAAGAUCCGUGGCGUGUCGCAGCAGCAGCUGCAGGCGCUCAGAGAGACGCUGGUGGGCCGCUGUGACGUCACCGCAGACGGACUCCUACAGAUGGAGCAGGUGGCGGCUGCGCUUCUGCCCGAGCAGGAGAACUUCCUGCUGCUGUUCCGCCGGGAGACACCGCUGGAGAACAGCGUGGAGUUCAUGAGGAUCUGGCGCUGCUACGACACAGACAGCAGCGGAUACAUCUCUGCCGCCGAGCUGAAGAGUUUCCUGCGGGAUCUUUUCCAUGAGCACAAUAGACCGGUCACUGCAGCCAAACUGGAGGAGUACACUGAUAUGAUGAUGAAGAUGUUUGACAAGAACCAGGAUGGGCGUCUGGAUCUGAAUGAUUUGGCGAGGAUCCUGGCGCUGAAGGAGAACUUCCUGCUGAAGUUUGAGAUGGAGGCGAGUAGCUGGGAAGACCGACUCCGAGACUUCGAGAAGAUCUUCGCUCACUAUGACGUGAGUAAGACUGGUGAUCUGGAGGGCGCGGAGGUGGAUGGUUUUGUCAAAGACAUGAUGGAGCUGGUGAAGCCCGGUCUCAGCGGCUCAGACCUGGACAAGUUCAAGCAGGUUCUGCUGGGUCACUGUGACAUCAACGGAGACGGAAAGAUCCAGAAGAACGAGCUAGCGCUGUGUCUAGGGCUCAAGCUCAGUCCCUGAUGUGUGUGUGUGUGUGUGUGUGUGAGUGUGUCAGGUGAUCAUUUAUCAGGUGGAUCGGUGAUUAUUAGUCAUUAAAUGUCAAACUCAAUCUCCUCCAUCUGCUCAGUUUUCACAAAUCAAGGCUUGUUCUAAUGCUUCUAGUCCAAUUCAUUAAUAUUUGUGAUCCUGGAGCACGAAACCAGUCAUAAGGGAAAUUUUUUUAAUUGAGGUUCAUACAUCAUCUGAAUCUGAAUAAAUCAUCUCUCCAUUGAUGUGUGGUUUGUUCGGAGGACAAUAUUUGUCUGAGAUACAACUAUUUGAAAAUCUGAAUCUGAGGGAACAAAAAAAUCUAAAUAUUGAGAAAAUCAUUUUUAAAGUUGUUCAAAUGAAGUUCUUAGCAAUGCAUAUUACUAAUCAAAAAUGUAGUUUUGAUAUAUUUACGGUAGGAAAUUUACAAAAAAUAUCUUCAAAGAACAUGAUCUUUACUUAAUAUCCUAAUGAUUUUUGGCAUAAGAGAGAAAUGUAUAACUUUGAUGUAUAAUGUUAGUGUUACAGUAGGUACAAUGUAUUGUUGUCUAUUGCUACAGAUAUACCUGUGCUCCUCAUUUAGACAUGUAUGAAGAGUUAAUCUGGUGUUUAGUCUUCAGAUGAUUAUUUGUAAAAAAAAAAAAUGUAUGUCUAAAUCUCCUAUUAUAUGUAUUAACAGUAUGAAAAGAAACUCUAUUCAAUGUAAUUUUAUUUAUUGUAUCUAGUUAUUUUAUUGUUCUCAAUUAAUUAUCUAAAAGUUCAUAAUUUAUUAUAACAGUUUGCUUACUGUUAUGUGCAGUGGUUAUAAUUGUAAUGUGUUUACUGUAUUUACAUAAUAUGAAUUGCCAUUAAAUAUAGAGUGCAUUAUGUGUG